AUGCCAACCAUUCGCUGGUGCACCGUCUGCCUUUGGCUUGCCACUAUUACACUGCCUAUCAGCGCUCAGCCUCUCGUCGAGUUAGCACGCAAUCUGGAGACCUCGUUGCUGCAUACACGCCUACCAGACACGCAAGCAUUCGAGGAGGCCUAUGAUUUCAUAAUUAUCGGUGGUGGUUCGGGCGGUUGUGUUGUUGCGAAUCGACUCAGUGAGAUCGGCAAUGCGACGGUGCUGCUGUUGGAAGCGGGCGAUCAGGAAACCUUUUUGAGCGAUGUACCCCUCACUGCCGCACUGACACAGAUGACACGCUAUAACUGGGGCUAUAAACCCGAUCCUACACCAAAUGCCUGCCAAGGUCUCAAAGGCGGCGUGUGCAAUUGGCCAAAAGGUCGCGGAAUUGGUGGUACGAGUCUCAUCAAUUUUAUGCUUUACACGCGUGGCCAUCGCAAAGAUUAUGAUUACUGGGCUGCGCUCGGCAAUAAGGGUUGGAGUUAUGAUGAAGUGUUGCCAUAUUUUAAAAAAUCUGAAAACAUACAUAUCGAAGAACUGCGCAAAUCACCAUAUCAUGGACGCAAUGGUCCACUUGAUGUGGCCUAUACCGACUUCAAAUCGUCAGUACUAAAAGCUUUUCUAAAAUCAAGUCGUGAGGUCGGCUACGAGAUAACCGAUACAAAUGGCGAACACUUGAUGGGUUUCGCGCGUGCGCAAGCAAAUCUACGCAAUGGCAGACGUUGCAGUACCAGUAAGGCGUUUAUCAGACCAAUUGCUGGACGACCCAAUUUACAUAUAUCAAUGAAGUCCUGGGUGACACGUAUUAUUGUAGAUCCGGUGAGUAAAGUGGCGACAGGCGUUGAGUUUAUGAAGCAACAUCAACGGUUUGUGGUUAAGGCCAGAAAAGAAGUUAUACUGUCGGCGGGUGCGAUUGCUUCGCCGCAGCUGCUGAUGUUGUCAGGCAUUGGGCCGCGCGAGCACUUGGCAGAGUUGGGAAUUCCAGUAGUUCGUGACUUACAGGUGGGCUACAAUUUGCAAGAUCAUGUGACGCUGAAUGGAUUGGUAUUUUUGGUGAAUGAUACAAUGACUUUAAAUGACCGACGAGUGUUAAAUCCAGCGGAUAUACUGCACUAUGUAUUAGAGGGGCGAGGUCCAUAUACAAUACCUGGUGGCGCAGAGGGAUUUGCGUUUGUGCGCACGCCGAACUCGACAGUUGAUAAGGACUAUGCCGAUAUGGAGAUCGUACUGGGCGCAGGUUCGCUAAGCGGUGAUCGUAUGGGCUCAUUGCGUGACUUGUUGGGAAUACCAGAUGAUUUCUAUUAUAAAGUAUAUGAGGGUCUGUUUGAGAAAGAAACUUUUGGUAUGGUGCCAGUACUUCUGCGUCCUAAAAGUCGAGGUCGCAUCUCCUUGCGCAGUACAAAUCCCUUCCACUGGCCACGAAUGGAGCCGAAUUACAUGCAAGAACCAGAUGAUAUACGCGCUAUGUUGGAGGGUGUGCAAAUGAUUUUUCAAAUCACCCAAUCGAAAGCCAUGCGGCGUAUAGGCACCGAAUUCAAUGAGAGACCCUUCUUGGGCUGCGAACACUUGGCUUUUCGUAGCAAAUCUUACUGGCAGUGCUGUUUGCGCCGUUAUGGCUCCAGUUUGCAACAUCAAGUGGGUACUUGUAAGAUGGGUCCGUUGUCGGAUGCUGAGGCAGUGGUGGAUCCACAGUUACGAGUACACGGUAUUAAGCAUCUACGCGUGGCCGACGCCUCGAUUAUGCCAACUAUUCCGGCUGGACAUACCAAUGCUAUUGUAAUAAUGAUUGCGGAAAAGGCGGCCGACAUGAUAAAAAAUUCGUGGCGUAUGCGAACUUAGAGCAGGCGUAAAAAGCGGUAUAGCUUUAAGUUUUAAUUUAUUUUUGUAAACAAUUCAAGUCACUAGUUUUUAAGCUAGAUUAAACGCAUAUACUUAAAUACGUAUUAUACAUAUAUAUAGUAAUAUAAUUUCUCGCCAUAAAAGUGAUCAACGAAAGCAAUGCCAUUAGUAAUACCCUCAUAAUAAAUGCUUUAGAAAAAUU